AUGACUCUCUCGACCGACGAGAAGCCUUCGGCAGACAAUGUGUCGCGCCAUUCGGACCUGGAGAAAGAUCCCGAUGCAUUUGCGCCGGUGAAAUUUCCAGCAGGUCUCGAAGACCCGGACGCAGGGUUAAGUGACGAAGAGAAGGCGAAAAUCGAUCGCCAGCUUCUAUGGAAGCUCGAUAUCCGACUCGUGCCAUGGCUCAGUCUGCUCUAUCUCGUCUCGUUUCUCGACCGAACCAACAUCGGCAAUGCGAAAAUCGUCGGGCUGAAAAAGGACUUGUCCCUGAGCGACGCCCAGUUCAAUGCCACGCUGACCAUUUUCUUUGUGUCGUACUCGGUCUUCGAGCCGUUGACCAACAUCCUGCUCAAGCGGCUGCGGCCCAGCAUCUUCAUCCCAUUGAUCAUGAUCGCAUGGGGCAUCUGCAUGACCUGCAUGGGCCUCGUCCACAACUAUGCAGGCCUAAUGGCCGUGCGCUGGUUCCUUGGUCUGUCAGAAGCAGGCCUUUUCCCGGGCGUCGGCUACUUCCUGUCAUGCUGGUACAAGCGCGCCGAGUUCGGCGUGCGCAUGGCCAUCUUCUUCUCAGCAGCUGCGCUCGCCGGCUCCUUUGGUGGCCUCCUGGCCGCCGCCAUCGCCAAGAUGGACGGCGUCGGCGGCAAGGCCGGCUGGUCGUGGAUUUUCAUUCUGGAAGGGCUAGCCACCGUGCUAAUUGGCGUCGCCUCUUUCUGGUGUGUCUAUGACUUCCCGGACCAGGCGCGGUUCUUGUCCGAGGCUGAUCGGGCUCGGGUGUUGCGCCGUCUUGCGGCGGAUCAGCAGUCGAGUGCGGAGCAUGAGGAGUUUAAGAUGUCGUAUUUCUGGGCGAGUGUGAAGGAUUGGAAGACCUAUACUGGGGCUAUUAUCUAUAUGGGGGCGGAUGGCUCGCUUUAUGCGUUUUCGCUCUUUGUGCCCACUAUCAUCAGUCAACUAGGUACUACUCCAUUCCGAUACAGCUCCAUUCGCGCGCAGCUGCUGAGCGUGCCCCCGUACGCGGCCGCCGCCAUCCUGACGGUCGUUGUGGGCUUUAUCGCCGACCGCACGCGCCAGCGCGGCAUCUGCAACAUCCUCGUCUCCAUAAUCGGCAUCGUAGGCUUUGCCAUGCUGCUGGGCUGCAAAUCGGCCGGUGCACGCUACGCGGGGACGUUCCUAGGCGCCAUGGGCAUCUACCCAGCCAUUUCCAACACCAUCUCCUGGGCCAGUAACAACACCGAGGGUGUCUACAAACGCGGCGUAUCCCUCGGCUUCAUCAUCGGCUGGGGCAAUCUCAACGGUAUCGUCUCGUCCAACAUCUACCGCGACCAAGACGCUCCGGAAUUCUACCCUGGGCACGGCGUCGUGCUGAGCUAUCUGGUCCUGUUUCUGUUCGGUGGUUCGGUCGUGCAGUAUUUCUUGCUGCGGCGCGAGAACCGCAAGCGUCGUCGCGGGGACCGGGAUCGCUUGAUCGAGGGUCUCGACCAGAGUGAGAUCGAGAUGUUGGGUGACCAGCGGCCGGACUUUACAUAUACCCUGUGA